AUGAGCAGUCUUUGUUUACAACGUUUGCAAGAAGAAAGAAAGAAAUGGAGGAAAGAUCAUCCGUUUGGUUUUUUUGCCAAGCCAACUAAGAAGCAAGAUGGUUCAUUAAAUUUACAAAGAUGGGAGGCAGGUAUCCCCGGGAAGGAAGGUACGUUGUGGCAUGAAGGUGUAUAUCCACUAACUAUAGAAUACCCAGAUGAAUACCCCUCAAAACCUCCAAAAGUAAAACUUCCAGCAGGGUUCUACCAUCCAAACGUGUACCCUAGUGGAACAAUCUGUCUAAGUAUCUUGAACGAAGAUCAGGAUUGGAGGCCCGCUAUCACCUUAAAACAAAUCUGUCUAGGUAUUCAGGACUUGUUAGACUCCCCUAACCCAAAUUCUCCCGCACAAGAACCUGCUUGGAGAGCAUUUUCCAAAAAUAAAGCUGAAUAUGAAAAGAAAAUUGCUUUACAGGCAAAACAAUAUUCAAAAUAA